AUGGAAACUAGAGCCCUCACUCACUUCACUCCCAAAAUAAUCAUCAGAAUGGAGAAGGGAAAGUUAAUAUGUCUUGAUGAUCGUUGGGUUUCCAUUGCAAUAGACCAUCGAGAGGAUCUUGGGGAUGUUGGAUCCCUAGAUUUCAAGUUUCUGGAGAAGUCUUACCCCACUGCUCCAAAGACCACCACGUGGUGGGGAAACUUCCUGGCUCCAUCUAAGAAUUUCUCACCACUUCAAAUGCUUAAACAAGCAUUAUCGAGGAGAGCAUUGGUGUAUUACUACCCUUUGGCAGGUAGGCUCAGGGAAGGGCCUAACAGAAAGCUUAUGGUGGAUUGUACCGGAGAAUGUGUCUUGUUCGUUGAGGCUAAUGCUGACGUUACUCUCGAGGAAAUUGUAGAUGCUAUUCAACCCCCUUGCUCUGUGUUAGAGGACUUCCUAUGUAAUGUCCCGGGCUCGGAUGGCAUUCUUGGUUGCCCUUUGUUGUUAGUUCAGGUGACCAUUUUGAGAUGCAGAGGUUUCAUAUUUGCAUUGCGCCUAAACCACACAAUGUGUGAUGCGCUUGGAUUGGUCCAGUUCUUGAACACAGUAGGGGAGAUGGCUCAAGGAAAAAAUGCACCAUCUAUUCUACCAGUGUGGGAGCGACAGGUCUUGAAUGCCAGAGAUCCACCACGAAUUACAUGUAUACAUCACGAAUACGAGGAAAUGAUUGACUACUCAGAACAGGGCUCUGAUGCGGCAGUAAUGGUGCAAAAAUCUUUCUGCUUUGGUCCCAAGGAGAUAAGGGCCAUGAAAAUGCAUCUUCCACCACACCUUUCCAAUUGCUCUAAAUUCGACCUUAUAACAUCCUGUUUGUGGAAAUGCCGCACAAUUGCACUAGAACUUAAUCCAGAAAAGGUUGUUCGGGUUUCAUGCAUGGUCAAUGCACGUGGGAGGCGCAACAAUCUCCAUCUUCCUUUGGGUUACUACGGCAAUGCAUUCGCAUACCCAGCUACUGUUUCGGGAGUGAAACAAUUGUGUGAAAGUCCGUUGGGAUAUGCACUGGAGUUGGUGAUGAAGGCUAAAGUUGAAAUGAAUGAAGAGUACAUGAGAUCAGUGGCCGAUCUUAUGGUCAUAAGAGGACGGCCUCUAUAUACAUUGAACGGGAACUUCAUAGUUUCAGAUAAUACACGUACUGGCUUUAGAGAGGUCAACUUGGGGUGGGGAAAGCCAGCAUUUUCUGGACCUCCCAAGGCCUUGAACCUUGUUAGUUUCUAUGUCCAGCACAAAACGGAAAAAGAGGACCGGAUUUUGGUGCCAGUGUGCUUGCCAUUAUGGAGUAUGGCGAGAUUUCAGCAGGAACUCGAGGAGAUGACAUCUUCGACGAUAGUGGAAAAUAUAAAUAACAAUAGACCUGCUAAUAGAAUUAAUGUCAAUGUUGUAUUGAUGAUUCCACGGCUUUAG